AUGCCACCCUCCUGCCACCCUGCCGUGCCGAGGGAGGGCAAGGCUCGCGGGCAGCCCGCAGCAGCCCCGGCUGAGGCAGGUGGGGGGAACCGGGAGGGUUUGGGCAGGGCGGUGACCCGCCGGGUCGCCCCCGGUCCGGCUGUGGCCGGCGGGGUUCCCCCAGCCCCCGCCCGGGGCUGGAGGCGAAACCGGGGCUGCCUGGAAGCGCGUCUUCCUCCGCCUGCCCCACCUGCGGGCGUGGGAGCGAGCGCGGCCCCGGGACCAUCCACCGCACAGGCGUCGCUGCGGCAGCCGCCCUGCCUUGAGCCCUCCCUGCCUCUCCAGAGCAUCCCCGGCCCCGGUCAGGGGCUAGUCGGGCUCUAUGGCUAUUGCUACCAAGACAGCAAUGACAUCCCAGACACACUGACAACCAUCACUGAACUGGGCUCACCUUUAGAGAUGAUUCAGCUUUUACAGACUUCCUGGGAAGACAGAUUUCGGAUAUGUCUCAGCUUAGUUCGGCUUCUGCAUUAUUUGGCUCACUCUCCUCUUGGCUCUGUGACAUUACUGGAUUUUCGUCCUCGGCAGUUUGUGAUUGUGGAUGGGGAGCUGAAGGUGACAGAUCUGGAUGAUGCCAGCAUUGAGGAGAGCUCUUGCACCAGUAACAGUGACUGCUUCAUGGAAUUCCCUGCGAGAAACUUCACCCUGCCCUGUUCAGUUGAGGGACGGUGUCAGAGUAUGAAUGAAAAGAGGAAUCUCUACAAUGCCUACAGGUUUUUUUUUACCUAUCUUCUUCCACACAGUGCUCCAUCCUCACUGAGACCAUUAUUGGAUAAGAUAGUCAAUGCAACAGGAGAACUUCACUGGGGAAUAGAUGAGACAGCUGCUCAGCUGGAGAAAGUUUUGAAUCUGUAUAAGAGUGGGGAGUACCUACAGAACACAACCCGGAUGCCAAAAGCUGAGUACAGACGGGUGCCUGAAGCUUUUAUUCCUGAUGAGAACUACAGAUGCUGGCCAUCUUACCAUCACAAGGGCUGCCUCCUCUCCGUGUUUGACGUCAAUGAAGCCAUUGAGAUCUGUGACAGCUACUCCCAGUGCAAAGCUUUUGUCCUAACUAACCAGACGACUUGGACAGGUCGGCAGCUUGUCUUCUUCAAGAUGGCCUCAAAUCAUAUUGUACCUGAUCCUGACAAAAUAACAUAUGUGAAGGUGACAGACUGACACCUAAAGUGGCUCAGUCUGACAUGUGAGUGAUAAGAGCUGUUUGUGUAUAAAUAUAGGCAGCUGUUAGGUAGAAGAUGGCUGUGGCUGUUGAAAUAAUUGCACUAUUACUCUUUCUAAUCUAUAGAGUGCUAAAGGAAACUUUAAAGAAAAAACCUGCGUGACCAGGAUGAAUGUGCAAUAAAACAACAUUUUGAAAAUGUGAUUAAAAAAAAAAAAAAGAAAAAGAAAAAGCAAAGCAAAAAUACAAGAUAUGAUACACUGUUAGAGUAUAAUUUUGGUUACAAAUCACCUGGCAGCUCUAGCUUUUCUAACCAAGGUUACCACAACAUUUCUGACCUAUACAUGUGUGUACAGGGAUGAAAGUUGAUAAUUUCUAUGGGAAGUCUGUAUCCUCCAUGCUGACAUUUAUUUGGGUACAUACAAUCACAACAGAGUAACUGGAGCGUAUCAGUUUGUAUGCUGGACAGCAAACGUUACUGAGGACAAUCAGCAUUUGUGUUAAAGCUAUCGAAUAUGCAAUGCCAGCAUAUUUGUCAAACGGAAGGAAUUGGUUAUGUUUAGAUUUGCAAGACUGUAACUAAUUUUCAUUUUUGCUUCCAGUGUUAUCAUAAAGUUUCAUUUUUAAUUUGAAAGAGCCAUUUUGUAGAUCCAGCAAAUCACAUAAGCAUAUGAAAAGUCCCACUGAAAGGGUAGGGACUUACCCAAGUGCUUUGCUGGAUAGGCCUAAGCAUAUGCUUACAAUUAAGCCUGUGCUUAAGACUUUUGUUGAAUCAAGUUUGAAUUGUUCAGGAAGCCACGUCUUUGACAGACUGCUGAAGCAGUCCAGCUGGUGGAACAGUACUAAGUUAAUUACUAUCUUGCAGUUAUUCGUACUUUUUAUCACCAGAUCCUUGGUUUUCUAAGGCAUCGCUUGCUAAUUCUUAGAGUGAAUGAAGUAAAUGACCUUAAUGAUGUCAAAUGAAUGCUAGCCUUAAUUCUAUAUAAAAUGCAUCUUACAGGCAUGGUGUGUCUAGAGAAUUUGCUUUCAGUGAAAGCAAUAAAGUAAAUGCUAAAGUGACCAAUGUCAUACUGUUUUGUAGUUUGUACAGUCAGGAAAAAAUUUGCUUUUGUUUUUCAAAUUGUUUAUUUUUGUAAAAAAAAUAAAAGUAAAAGAUAAAUAAAAUUUCUUUUAUUCUU